AUGGGAGAAAACGCAAUAAUUCCUGUACGAAUCGAUCUAACCGUCGAUAUUAAUAAUGUUGAAGAAAGCGGGUUGAAAAUCAUCCAUCAAGUUCGGCCCCAGUGGAAAGAUGAAAACAUCCUAAUUAAACCUUUUACUGCUGGUAUUACCAAUAAAAUUAUUGGAUAUAAUUUGCAAAGUAAUACAUCUUAUCAAAUGCUAUUAAUUCGCGUGUAUGGACAAUCGACCGAAUUAUUCAUUGAUCGCCAAAAGGAAAUUGAUAAUAUGCUCCUAUUACAUAAUGCUGGUUGUGCUCCUCCAUUGUACGCUAUUUUCAAUAACGGUCUGUGUUAUGGAUUCGUCGUUGGCCAACCAUUACAGUGGCAGCAAAUGUCCGAUGCUGCUGUUUAUCAGCUCACCGCUAAAGAGGUAGCCAAAAUUCACAACAUAUCGACCAUAGAUCAAGACAUCCAACCUGUAUUAUUUGAUACUUUGGAGAAAUUCUUAUCAUUGGUCCCUCAAUCGUUUGAUGAUCCAAUCAAGAAUCAAAAGUUUAAAACGCAGUGUCCCAACAAGAGUGCACUAAUCGAAGAGGUAAAAAUGCUUCAGGAUGUCUUACUCAAGCAUGAUGCGCCCAUCGUUUACUGCCAUAACGAUCUCUUAUGCCAAAAUAUCGUAUACAAUAAACAAAAUGAAUCUGUAACUUUUAUUGAUUACGAAUACGGUGGCUUUAACUACGCACCCUAUGACAUUGCAGAUCAUUUCUGUGAAUUUGCAGGUGUCGAUGAAGUAGAUUACAAUCGGUAUCCUCAAAAAGAAUUUCAAUUGCAAUGGCUAUCGAUUUAUUUGCAAGAACGAGCUAAGCUUGCUGGUAAAGAUGAGACAAUUACACAAUCACAAAUUCACCAGCUUUAUGUUCAAGUGAACCAAUUUGCUUUGGCCUCACACUAUUUAUGGGGAAUUUGGAGCUUAAUUCAAGCUAAAAAUUCACUUAUUGAUUUUGAUUUUCUGCAGUAUGGUAUUACACGUUUCAAUGAAUAUUAUUCUAAGAAAGCCCUGUUUCUCAGCCUGGCUUCCUAA